AUGUUUUUCACAGAAAUCCAGUUUUUCACAUACAUCAGAGAUCUCACACAGAGGAGAAGCCGUAUUCCUGUCCUGAGUGCGGGAAAUGUUUUUCAGUGA